CGACCUAACCGACGAGCUCCUGCAGUCCGCCGCCGCCCCGCGCGCUCCCGACCUCCCCCCCUCCCCCGCCGUCCCGAGCGCCCCGGCCUCCGUGCUGCUGCUUCCUGCUGGCUACCGCCACCGGGGUGCUGUCCGCCCCGGGCUGAGGUCUCUACACAGUCCCUGCCUCCGCUGCGCCCAGCCGCCCACAAAUCCGUGUCGCCAUCCUACUCCCCGGCCGUCGCGCUGCACUCGAAAAAAUAGAAGAAGUAGAAAACUGAGUUGAGGAAUAUGGGUGAUGAUGGGAUGAAUUAUAUCAUUGUGUGUCAUUUUGUCAUGUUUUUCUAUAGACCUUACUCUUCAGAAGAGAUGGGAGAUAGACAAAGGCGAAUGGUGUUUGUCACAGUAGGGACGACAUGUUUUGAUGCCCUUGUCAAAGUGGCAGAUUCUGAGGAAGUCAAACAAGCACUACUGCAGAAAGGUUACACAGACCUUCGGAUUCAAAUGGGCCGAGGAACAUACACGCCAUCCAAGGAUAAAGUUAAACAGGAUAGGUGGCAAAAAAAGGAACAUAUGCAGCGUCAGGGUAAAAAAGAGUGGUUGUCCACACUUCAGGUCUCAGGAAAUUUAAAUCUUCAAGUUGAGCAUUUCACCUUUUUACCAAGCAUAGCUGACAGCAUACGAGAAGCAUCCUUAGUCAUCAGUCAUGCAGGUUCUGGCAGCAUAUUUGAGACGCUGCGACUGGGCAAGCCUCUUAUCGUCGUUGUGAAUGAAGAUCUGAUGGACAAUCACCAAAGCGAGCUAGCAGAGGAACUGGCCGAGCAGAAUCACCUUUUGUGUGCCCAUCCACAGACGCUGCGAGAGACCGUCGAGGCGAUGGAUCUGCAUGCGCUCCAGCCUUACAUUCCAGGAGAGGCGAGGCCAGUUGUGGCACUGAUCAACGAAUUUCUUGGUUUUCCUGUCGAUUGAUAGUGAGGCCAGUUGUGGCACUGAUCAACGAAUUUCCUGGUUUUCCCGUCGAUUGAUAGAGUUACAACUGGGUCAUGAGGAGUACCCAGCCAUAGAUGCCUGUCCAACAGAAGAGAAACACCAUACCUAGCUAGCCUGUGAGCUUCAUGGUUAGCAGCUCGAGGUUCGAAAGAAAAAUUACAAGAAGCAAAAGCUAGAGAAGUAUCUUUUUGAAAAGGAGAAAGAGAAGUAUCUAAAAUCUCUUUAAUGAUUGUGCCGUAAUCCCCUCCAGCUCUUUGAUGUAUAUUGAUGUACCACCUGUUUGCAAUCCGAAGCAACUUGAAGGUGUACCAUUCCAAGAUCUUAUGCCAAAGAAAGACCCUGUCAGGCUCUGAACCUGCAUCUUCAGUUAACACAGCUGCAUAUUCAGUUAAGUGUAGCAACGCAGGCAAAGUACCGCUUCAGUCCAAUCGGACGGUUCACAGUGGCUCCGACGUUACGACUCGUUACCACCGUUGGAUGCAUUUACCUCAUUACUGUAUUUCCUCUUUUACCUUUCACUGCUAGUGACAGAGCUCAGCCUAUGUAACAGCCGGGUUGUGGCUGACGACUCACCAUUGAGAAUUCCCCAAUUGCCAAGUAUGGGCUAGAACCCUACACACUACAGACUAUGUUAUUGCUAUAAUACAUCUCAGA